UGUUUAAUUUAACGUCGCUUCACGCUCCUCAGGGUUUCCCCUCAGUCCUCCGUUAUUUUUAGCAAACAACAACGAUCCAAAGCAACAAAGCUCCAAAAAUACGUUCCGCUCACUCUGUGAGUUCACCGCCCGACCACGCACCCGAUAGUGGCAAUCACCCAGUGACCGAGAUCCCGACCAAGGAUGCGCUCGUUCCAUCUUUUUCGUUCUUCCUCUCUCUUUCCGCAACGAACCCCCGAAAUCGCAUCGGAUUUCGCCUCGUCAGGUGUUCGCGGAGCGCAAUCAGUCAGAUUAGCGAUCGUGUCACUCGAAGUAAUGACCUCUAAGCCUAUAGCAUAGGACGUUGCGUCCCCCCUUUGCCCACAUCGUACGAUACUUCAUUCACGCGAUUUGUCAGAAUCCGGUCAGUUCCGUGGGGGCUUUCGACGCGAUAAUACGGACCAGCGCAUCUCCGAAGUGCAGCGAGAUUCGAGUUGGCGCCGGAACGACUUAAGUCACUUGGGUUAAGCGCUACAUUCCUGGAAUACAUUACUCAGGCAAGGUCAACGCAUUCGAGUUACUACCGCGAUUGUUAUUCGUGCGAUUUUAAGUAAGUGAAGCAAGAUGUCGGCGAAGGCGAUAAGGGAAGCCACGGGGAAGAGUCUCCUGAAUAAGUAUUUGGGGAAGGAGACGGCGGCGGCGACGUGCAGAUUUGCGGCGGUCGAUCCUGAUACCAAGAUCGCGGACUUGGUGGCCAACAACCCGUGGCUGAAGACGGAUAAGUUGGUGGUGAAACCAGAUCAGCUGAUCAAGCGGAGGGGGAAAUUAGGUCUAAUCGCCGUCAACAAGACCCUCCCCGAGGUAGAGCAAUGGAUAGCCGACCGUAUGAACAAGGAGCAAAAGGUCGGCGCCGCCACCGGCAAACUCCGCAGUUUCAUCAUCGAGCCGUUCGUGCCUCACCAAGACAACGAAGAAGCCUACGUCUGUAUAUAUUCCCACCGACACGCCGACACCAUCCUCUUCUACCACCAAGGGGGGGUGGACAUCGGCGACGUGGACUCCAAGGCCGUGAAGCUCGACGUGCCCAUCGGAGAAAGCGUGGACGAAGAGACCAUCAAAGACAAGCUCCUGGGGGAGGUGGCGGCCGCUAAAAGGCAGACCGUCGCCAGGUUCAUCUUCCACCUGUACAAGCUCUACGUGGAUUUGUAUUUCACGUACUUGGAGAUCAACCCGCUGGUGGUGACUGACAGCGAGAUUUAUAUUUUGGAUUUGGCGGCGAAGCUGGACGCCACCGCCGAUUUUAUCUGUAAGCCGAUGUGGGGCGAGAUCGAUUACCCGCCACCGUUCGGAAGGGACGCUUUUCCUGAGGAGGCCUACAUCGCCGACCUCGACGCCAAGUCCGGCGCCAGCCUCAAGCUCACCAUCCUCAACAAGUCCGGCCGCAUCUGGACCAUGGUGGCCGGUGGCGGCGCGUCCGUCAUCUACAGCGACACGAUCUGCGACCUCGGAGGCGCCUCGGAGCUCGCCAACUACGGCGAGUACUCGGGGGCCCCCUCCGAGCAGCAAACUUACGAGUACGCUAAAACUAUCUUGUCGCUGAUGACGCAAGAGAAGCACCCCCAGGGCAAGGUGCUCAUCACCGGCGGCGGCAUCGCCAACUUCACCAACGUGGCGGCCACCUUCCGGGGCAUCAUCACGGCGCUGGUGGAGUUCCAGGAGCGCCUCAUCGAGCACAAGAUCUCGAUCUUCGUGCGGCGCGCCGGCCCCAACUACCAGGAGGGGCUGCGGAGGAUGCGCGAGGUGGGCCAGACCCUCGGCAUACCGCUGUACGUCUUCGGGCCGGAGACGCACAUGACGGCCAUCUGCGGCAUGGCGCUGGGGACGCGCCCCAUCCCCCAGGAGAACAACGUGGAGUUCGCCACGGCCAAUUUCCUCCUGCCGAGCGGGGAGAAGCAGCCGAACAAGCAGAGUCUGGCGUCGAGCAAGAGGGACGAGGGCGACGGGGCGCCGGCGCCGGCGUGCAGCAGGAUAGUGGAUGUCAUACCAAACCUCGUAGUGAACGUAGUUUAUCCACAGAAGCACAAGGGUGACACACCGGGAGUCCAAACUCCCAUGUUCACAAACAAAACAAAAUCCAUCGUUUGGGGCAUGCAAACUAGAGCCGUCCAAAGCAUGCUCGACUUCGAUUUCGUGUGCAGCCGAAGCGAGCCGAGCGUCGUCGCCAUCAUCUACCCCUUCACCGGCGACCACAAACAAAAGUACUACUGGGGACACAAGGAGAUUCUCAUCCCGGUGUACAAGAAAAUGAACGACGCCAUGACCAAGCACCCCGAGGCCGACGUCCUCGUCAACUUCGCUUCCCUCCGCUCGGCCUACCAGAGCACCAUCGAGACGAUGGAGUUCCCCCAGAUCCGCACCAUCGCGAUCAUCGCCGAAGGCAUCCCCGAGAACCAAACGCGCAAGCUGAUCAAGCUCGCCAAUGAGAAGAACGUGUCUAUCAUAGGCCCGGCCACCGUGGGCGGAGUCAAACCCGGGUGCUUCAAAAUCGGCAACACUGGUGGAAUGAUGGAUAACAUUUUACACUCGAAGCUGUACCGCCCGGGGAGCGUCGCUUACGUGUCGCGCUCCGGGGGCAUGUCCAACGAGCUCAACAAUAUCGUGUCGAAGGCCACGGACGGCGUGUACGAAGGCGUGGCGAUAGGCGGGGACAGGUAUCCCGGGACGACGUUCAUGGAUCACAUUUUGAGGUAUCAGGGUGACGACAAUGUCAAGAUGAUUGUGCUUCUGGGCGAAGUGGGCGGAGUCGAGGAGUAUGAGGUAUGCAACGCCCUCAAGAAUAAAAUCGUGACGAAGCCGCUGGUGGCGUGGUGCAUUGGGACGUGCGCUGCCAUGUUCACGUCGGAGGUGCAGUUCGGGCAUGCCGGCUCCUGCGCCAACUCCAACCAGGAGACGGCCACUGCCAAGAACGAAGCGCUGAAGGGGGCGGGGGCUCACGUGCCUUCGUCGUUCGACCACCUGGGGGACGUCGUCCAGGAGGUGUAUAAUAAGUUGGUGGCGCAGGGGGCGAUCGUACCGGCGGCCGAAGUGCCGCCUCCGACGGUCCCGAUGGACUACAACUGGGCGAGAGAACUAGGCCUCAUCCGCAAGCCCGCUAGCUUCAUGACCUCCAUCUGCGACGAGCGCGGUCAGGAGCUCAUCUACGCCGGAAUGCCCAUCUCCGACGUGCUCCAGAAGAACGUCGGCAUCGGCGGCGUCAUCUCCUUGCUCUGGUUCCAGCGCUGCCUCCCGCCCUACGUGUGCAAGUUCUUCGAGAUGUGCCUCAUGGUGACGGCGGACCACGGCCCGGCCGUGUCCGGGGCCCACAACACCAUCGUCUGCGCUCGAGCCGGCAAAGACCUGGUGUCGAGUCUGGUGUCCGGGUUGUUGACGAUCGGAGACCGGUUCGGAGGGGCUUUGGACGGCGCCGCCAAGCAGUUCAGCGAGGCCUACGACACCGGCAUGCACCCGGCCGAGUUCGUCAACCACAUGCGCAACAAGGGACAGCUGAUCAUGGGGAUUGGGCACAGGGUGAAGUCCAUCAACAACCCCGACCAGAGGGUGCAGAUCGUCAAGGAGUUCGUGAUGCAGAACUUCCCGGCGACGCCGCUGCUGCAGUACGCCCUCGAGGUGGAGAAGAUCACGACGAGCAAGAAGCCGAAUCUGAUUUUGAACGUGGACGGGGUGAUCGCGUGCUCCUUCGUGGAUAUGUUGAGGAAUUGCGGGAGUUUUACGAGCGAGGAAGCAGAGGAGUAUAUUAAUAUGGGUGCCAUCAACUCGUUGUUCGUUCUGGGGCGCUCGAUAGGGUUCAUUGGGCACUAUAUGGACCAGAAGAGGUUGAAGCAAGGUUUGUACAGGCACCCAUGGGACGACAUCUCGUACGUACUGCCGGAGCAAUACAACAACUAGUGUUUAAGGAAAUAAGUAGCUUAAACUUGUUUUAUCCAUAUGUUGGUAACGCUGAAUGUGUUUUUUUUUAUGUUAGUGUUGUUUUUUCGUUGGUUAUUGUGUUUCAUGUAACAGUUUCGAGUUCAAUGAAAUUUGCAACUUAAUUUAUUAAUGGAUAUUUAUAUUUUUAUAUUUAUGAUUAAAUUAAGACGAUUCCAUUUUUAGUCACGUGAUUCCGCGGUAGUUGCUGUGUCUGUAUUCUGUCGGCAAAUAAAUGAUGUAGUUACAAGA